ACGAUGUUUACAGUGUAUCAUCUAUUCGUCUCCCAUUUUGGCAUUCCGGUGUUAGCUUCAGUUUGGACUGGUACAGUUUACCAGAUUCUUACGGUCAUUUGUUCCAUUGUCGUCCAAUCUUACUUCGUCCUUCGGCUCCAUCGAUUAAGUGGAACGAUCUGGUUACCAAUGCUGCUCGUUCUUUUAACUUUGGGGCAAAUCGGGACCGGACUUGUGAUCUGUCUCAGAGUAAAUAUUACUCGCGGUGUCCAAAGCAUCAUCCAUCCCUUGCGCCCUCUCAUGGUUUCUUGGCUAACACUAGAGGCAGCGGCCGACCUCGUGAUUGCCCUUUCCGUGUCAUACUUUCUCCAGACGCGACGCACAGGAGUCCGGCAGACGGAUACAGUGUUGCGGAAGUUGACAAUCUAUGCCAUCAACACCGGCUCGCUGACCAGCAUUCUGGCGUUGGUCGUCAUGUUUGCUUUCGCAUUCUACGGCCUCCACUUCGUCCACAUGAUGUUCAUCCUGCCGCUUGGUGGAGUUUAUACCGCGUCCCUUCUGGCAAAUCUACACUCACGCUCGAGACUCCGGAAAGUACUUCAUCGUCAGGGAGAAAACGGCAUUUCAAUACACUUGUCCCGCCUUCCUCCCAGGGUACGCGACAAGAUAAAUGGUGUUGCCCAACCCAUAGAGAUGCGUCAUUCGGGCGAAGGCGCGGGUGAUACUCAGUUAUCGAGCGCAGAUCCCCCGUAUCUUCCGACGGGGAUAGAUGCAGGACAAUCGAGCUGAGGAUCCCCAAAAAUGGCAAGACUGGUCCCUAUCUCCAUAAUUGCAAUCCUGUUCCAAUUUGCUCUAUUGGGCGGAACUUAGCAAUAAGUGCUGAACUGAGUGGCCAAAUCGGUAG